AUGACAGUGCUAAUGGCAAUUCCACUUAAUGACAGCACAGCACACAGAUAACCAGGAGAGUAGUCCAACCACUGAACACAGCUUUUUAAGCUAAAAGGGACAACAGACCUAACCAUUAUGUCAGUCUAGCGAGUUUGGCCAGUUAUAACCUUCAAAGAAUCCCUCACACUCAGCACGUAAAGAACAUUACUCACUACAACAAUGUCUCUGCAUCGGAGGCCUAUCCCCGACCCCGGGACCCUAACAACUGAAAUAGUGUCUGAAACUGACAGGGACAAACAUAUUUUACUCCAAAUGCUGGAUCUUCACAGGGAAAAAGUGUUACCUCUGGAUCUUACAACAAUGCUGUACAUCAGCACUCCAUGCACUGAAGAUAAACUUCCUGAAGACCCAACAGAGCUGUCAACUGCCUUUCUCCGGCGCCUCUGGCUAUACAAUGCCCAAGCCCGCAACACCCACUGCAAAAAAGUAGCAGGAGCAUACGGUCUGAAUGUGGAUGAGAACACACAAUGUGUUAUCAAUCCUUUGGACCUGGUGGCUGCCGUCUAUAUGGCAACAAACAGUUUUCUACGGCAAGAGAUCGCCUACAGAAUGGUGCAAUGCAACUUUGCAGUGCCACUGUAUCUACCACCUGUUUAUCCAGAAAAGAAAGGAACCGUCCUCCUUGGUUCUUUUAGAGGCAUUUUUGGGGGGUGGAAGUCACCAUCUGAGAAAAUUAUCAUGAAGAACAUGGCCAAUUCUAGGAUGCCGUUUGUCUCCGCAAUGAGACUGGGUGACUGCAGCAUCUCAAAAUCUAGAGUCCUCAACACUGUGCUUGGGGGUCCACACAAGCGGAACAAAUGCUUUGUAAAUAGUGGCAUGGAUGGAGGGCAGCUCCCCCGAGUUCUCUCAGAUGGUUUGGUGGAGCUAUGCUGGAAUCUCCCUUCAGGAGGUAAUCAUGACAAUGUCUUUCCUCGUCCUGUACUAGUAGCUAAUCUCCGUGGAGAUGCAGCCAACUACAAAAAGCAGAUGAGUCUUCUGUGCUACACAUCUGCCGUCCUCAUAGUGUUCUGCAGAAGAUUUGGAGACACUGAGCGAGAACUGCUUGCCUCGUGGAGGGAUAACACAAGCCACAUGAUUCUAAUCGACUGCUCAAUGUCAGUAGAAGAGGAUGGUCGGGAGGACCAUGAGAAAUUCAAAGAAAAGCUGGUGAAGGAUUUAGAACUGCCUGAUGGAAUGGUGCUUUAUGGCGGUGAUGGUAAUGAGGAAAGAAUUGCAGACACCCUAAGAGAUGUUCUGAAUCACCUUAUUCCACACCUGCACACUGCAAACCUUGUUGGGACAGCUGGUAUGGCCAAUGAUCUCAACAUUAAUGUUGAUGAAGAUGAGAUUUGUCGAAUGGCAUUCAGCGAAGUCGAAGAGGUCCUAGGUGGAAUCGAAAAUGGAGUGCCUGAAUUUUUGGAGAACCAGCUGCCCCUCCAGGGUGCAGUGUGGAAACAGUUGUGUCAGCUGGAGAAGGAGGAAGGACGUCUGUAUACAACCCAAAGCUUAACAGAAGAGAAGGAAGACCUAAUUAAAAAUCUCCUUGAUUAUAAAUUAACCACAGCUAUGAGAGCUUUUCUUGCAGCUCUGUGUACACAUGACAUGACAAAGCGGGCAUUCUUCCUCUCUUGGAUGCGAGUGAAACUUGAAGUCAUGCAGUUGGAAAAGCUAUCCUUUUUUAAGGAAAUGAAUGGUGAGCAAAUACAAGAACAUUGCAUUGGACUUGACCACUUCCUACGAGAGAUGGGACUGGUCUACGAACGAUAUUUCCGUAGCCCAGACAGUGACCUGUAUGACAUGUUUCGCUUACCAUAUGUAGGUGCUGAACUACUCUUGUACGGAGUUCCCCUUGAGCUCUAUGAUGGGGAUGCCUCUGCAUUUCCCUUCAACUGGGUAUACAGCGUUCUUUAUGAAGUACACAAGCAGCUGCCACAGUUCAGUCGCAUGAGAGUAUUGACAGUCUUAGGUUUUCAGAACUCAAAGAACACAGAGGUUUUAUCUUCAUUGUUUGGUGUCAAUUUCUCAAAGUGGGGCAGAAAGCAUAUCAAAGGGGCAUACAUGCUUCUCCUCAGCCUUCCGGACAAGUUCAGAAUGGAGAUGAACUGUGAGUUUCUGAUGUUGAUUAACACCGAAGGUUUGAACCGGCAAGAUGCACAUCAAGCAAGAAGUCUUGUUCAUGACUGUGAACUGGCUACUUUUGUCAGUGGGCUGAGCGAUAUUACAUUGGUAAAUUUACCAGAUGAGGUUCAAGGUGGAACAAGAGUCAACAUUCAAAUUGCUAUCAAUGCACUUCUCUGCACAAAAGACUUCGAGAGAAAGACUGCCUUUCUGGUUGCUUCAGAGGGAGCAGGAAUGGAUGGAAAAAUCAUGAGUUAUGCAAUUGACAUACUAAGCACAGGUCAGUCCCCAGCUGAACCUCAAAAAGGAGGCAUAUGCCAUAACCGGACCAGCAACUCUGCAACUAUAAAAAAUGAUCAAAGCUACAGUGAUGCAGUUCUCAGACUAAAGCAAAGCCUGCUGGCAAUGUUCCAUGAAAAGGCAACAAAUGGCCAGCCAACCUGCUUGGGAUCAUUUAUGGAGCAUAUGUGCAACUUGUGGGAGUCAGUGAAAAAGGAAAAUGUUGCCAUAAAGUUUGGAGACACCGGUAAAAAUGAUGCCAUCAUUGGCGUCUGCGUAACACUUGCUCAGGGUGAGAAGCAGCUCAGUGAUCAAAUAGACUGUUGGGUGCAAGGGUUGGACAAUCAUAUAACAGAUUUAAAAGAGUCGGCAUCACGAUAUGGAGAGUCCUUGAAUAAAGAUGGCAUACUAAGAAUCCUAAAAGAAGAAGCAACUACCCAAAUAAAUACAGAGGGAGACAAAAUGAGGGCAAGUCUGUGGGACUACAUCAGGGAGAAAGAUGUUGAAAUUGCGCUUGUGGAAAAUUACAGAGCAAAGCUUCUCAAUAGAGCUGCCCUCGUUCAAGAGCAAAUGACAGCCGAUGUUGUUGCAAAAAUAGAGUCUGCGGCCAUCCGGCACGACUUGACAGUUGAGACACAACCCUUAUUUACAAAACUUGAAUCAGCCCUGGAUGUAAAGUUAGUUUCACUCAUGCAGACCUGCAAGAACACCGACUUCGUGAUUCAAGACAGGGAGCUUGAACAAGAAUUUGUAAAUGCCUGGGAAAGCAUGCCAUCCAACUUGAAGGAUUCCCAUCCAGAGACACAAGAAAUCUUUGCUAGGAUGGUGGAGAAGCUGAGGGAAAACCUUAACUAUCGUGGUCUGAAAAAGAAAAGGGUUAAACUCUGGAAUGCAAACCAACUCAAUGGUUUCACAGUGAGGAAUGCACAUUUCGCUUUGAACAGCAAGAUGAAGAAAACACUUAAAUACAACAAAGACGUUGCUCAAAGAUUCACCGAUAACUUGGUAGAGGACUGUGAUAGGAAAUUCUCAGACAAAAUCUGGCACAACGAGGGCUACUCAGACAGCUACAUGAGAGAGUUACUUGCAGUUGUGGAUAAGGGUCUAGAAGUUAUAAAAAUGGAGUCAUUCACACUGAAGCCCAAAUAUGAAGUGGACCUCAAAGGAUACAUCUGCAGCAAAGCAUCUAUGUCUUUUCAAGAAAUGCAGUACUCAAUCAUAAAGGAACAAGAAACGAAAGAGAGGUUCCUCAACGAGAUGAAGGAAAGACAUAAGCAGAAUUUCAUUCAGCAAUUCGGAAAGAGGCACCGGUGUCAAAAAGCAGCUGAAGCGUUCACCAACCUGUGUCUCAAACCAACAGCUGAAGACAUCAUCAACAGCAGCCUGGAGAAACAGAUAUUUAACAAUAUACUCCAGAAAGAAAAUGCAAGACUCUACAGCUCACCAAAGAAGUUUCAUUAUGGUCUUCUUAGAGACAUGCUGCUAAAGGACAGCUUUGAUAACUUCCAUGAAUACCUGCAGUCCCAUGAGAGAUUCAGUCGAAAGAGAAUAGAGAACUUUAUUAUAACACAUCUGUCCGGUUCUGUUAUGAUAGAAGACCGCAGGGAACAGCGAAUGCAGCAAAUAUUUGGAUGCAUGAAUAAGUGCAUUACUCAGGCAUCUGAUAGUAGUGUGGUCCAAUGCAAUGUAAGACAGUUACUGGAGGAAAUGUGCAUCAGCCUGAAGAGUCUAGAACAAGUCAAUGUGCCAACUCAAAUCUUGGAGAUACCUUUGUUUAACAUAACUGCAAGUCGUGACCAGUUCCUCAAAUAUCUACAGCAAUCAGUCUCUGAAUUGUCCUCUUCCAUCGCUCAGGAAUUUAUGGAGAAUGAUGACGUCAUUGAAGUCCCUGAUGACCUCCCUUACAAACUUCAGGGCAUGCUUUACAAAACAGUCAAAGGCUGUGACAAGCGAUGUCCUUUCUGCAAAGCUCCGUGUGACCUUGGAGAACGAGAACAUCAAGUGCACGAAGCUGUUGUGCAUCGACCCAAAGGUUUAGUGUGUUAUACCAAUGCCAACUCCACCACUCUAUCCCACAGCACUUGCUCUGCCGAUAUUGCUGGUAAGAACCAAUUUCAAAACAGACAUACAAAGGGCCAGUCUUUGCCCUUUAAGGAGUACCAGUCUAUCUACCCCGACUGGAACAUUUCCCCUGAGGAUCCUGGGAAUAACGGGCCUGCAAUCUACUGGAGAUAUGUGUUCAUGAGAUACAACAGUCAUUUUGCUAAAGAGUAUCAGUGUGCACCUGCAAGAUUACCUGUAGCUUGGGGGGAAAUCACUCAGGGAGUGGCACUACAGAGCCUGAGAGAGGCCUUUGAAAUUACAGAGUGACAGUAUAGUUCACUGCUAUGGGCUAUAUGCACACGUUACUUCCGCGUUUCACAGGAAGAACCCACGGCCCACCGCAGUGGUAUAUAGAAGUGCUGUUCUACCAUAUUUGAAAUAUUUGAAGUUUACAUAUGUCGUUAUAUCAUUCAAAUACUGGAGAACGCCACUUCUAUAUACCACUGCGGUGUGCCAAAUUUGCAUGUGCUAAAUUUAAUUUUCUCAGUUUCCCAUUUCUCUCUGCUUUAAGUCUCCCUAACUGAAAACUGCCGCAGGUUCUUCCGGUGAAACGCGGAAGUAGCGCGUGCAUAUACAGUAGCCCAUUAUUAUCUGUAUGACUAUGAUUCUGAUCAUUUCACUGUGCCAAAUUAAACAAAUUUUGCAUAAUAUAAUUCAAUAAGUUAAAUAUCACUUUACUAUACCUUGUGAUACACUUACCUGUUUGACCCUUAAACAUUCUCAUGAUUAGUUAAGUAUCAAAUAUAAUUACUCAUUUUUUAUUGUCAACAAAAUGUUUCAUAAAUAAAUGCUACAUCCAGUUGAUGCAGUUACUCCAUCACUAAUCUUGCUCUGAUACAUAAAAUAAUUUGAUUAAUAAUUUAGUUUCUCUCUCUCUCUCUCUCUCUCUCUCUCUCUCUCUC